AUGAAAGAAGCUUCCAGCCCUGAGCUUCCAAGGAAUGGCUGUGACAACCCUGCUUUCCAGCUGAAUGAAGCAGAGCUACAUAAUGGCUAUUUUAAAAAGAACCAGAAAAAAAAUCAAAAUGAGAAGUCAAAGGAAAAGAUCAAGAUGGUUGGAAUUUUUGAGCUGUUUAGUUUUGCAGAUGGAUUUGACAUCCUUUUAAUAAUAGUAGGAUCUAUCGCAGCUGUUGCAGCUGGAACUGGGCAGCCGCUUAAGAUCGUUAUAUAUGGCCUCGUGACAAACAGCUUUGUGGAAACCAGUCUAAAUAUAUCUACAGGUAAAGCAUCACAAAAUUUCCCCAAACUGCCGAUAUAGGAUUCUGACUUGCUAGACCUGGAGAGAAUGAGUAUACAUGCUAGCUAUUAUGUUGGUCUUGGCUUUGGAGUUAUGCUCUGCAGCUUUAUUGAAAUCUGGGCCUUUGUGACUUCUUCUGCAAGACAAACAACCAGAAUACGCAAGAAGUUCUUUUUUUCUGUACUUCACCAAGAGAUGGGCUGGUUUGAUACUAUUCAGACUGGAACAUUGAACACAAGACUGACUGAUGAUAUUAAUACCAUUCAUGAAGGCAUCGGAAUCAAGAUUGGUAUAAUAAUUGAGGUUUUUAGCACAUUUGUAUCUGGGAUUAUCAUAGCAUUCGCGUACGGAUGGAAACUGACCCUGGUGACCUUGUGUAUUGCCCCUCUUCUUGUUGCAUCUGGGUUUGUGUGGUCAUAUCUCCUGGCAGUGUUGACUACAAAAGAGCUGUUGGCUUAUGCCAAGGCAGGUGCUGUAGCAGAAGAAGUCUUGUCUGCCAUCCGGACAGUUGUUGCUUUUAAUGGACAGGCAAAAGCCAUGUCGAGGUAUGAUUCAAACCUAGAGGAGGCUAGGACGGUUGGAAUGAAAAAGACCAUUGCCAAAAAUAUUACUAUGGGCAUCUCCAAAUUUGUGGUGCUUUCUGGCUAUGCACUUGGUUUUUGGUAUGGAACAAAACUCUCAGUGGAUGAGAAGAAUAACUAUAGCAUCGGAGUAAUUUUAAUUGUAUUGGUUGAUGUGUUCCUUGGUUCAUUGAUGUUUGCACAAAUUUUCCCAAAUGUUGAGAAUGUGUCCAAUGCUCGUGGAGCAGCCUAUGAAGUCUUUAAAGUAAUAAAAAAGCCCUGUCAGUUAGAUAGCAGUUCUGGUGAAGGGUUCAAGCCAGACAAGCUCCGAGGAGAGAUUGAAUUCAAAAACAUCAGUUUCAGCUACCCUUCCAGACCUGAUGCUCAAGUUCUCAAAGGCCUAAAUUUAAAAAUCCAGCCUGGAAAAACAAUUGCUGUUGUGGGUUCCAGCGGCUGCGGGAAAAGCACCACCAUUCAGCUACUGCAGAGAUUCUAUGAUCCAGUGGAAGGACAGGUUACCAUUGAUGGACAUGAUAUCCGGACACUUAAUAUCAAGUGGCUGAGAGAAAACAUUGGCAUUGUUAGCCAGGAACCGGUUUUGUUUGGGACCACGAUAGCAGGCAACAUUCGGUAUGGCCGGGAGGAUAUUACUGAUGCUGAAAUUGAGCAGGCAGCUAAAGAAGCGAAUGCUUAUGACUUCAUUUCAAAGCUCCCUGAUAGGUUUAACACCAUGGUUGGAGAAAGGGGAGCCCAGCUGAGUGGAGGGCAGAAACAGCGCAUUGCUAUUGCCCGUGCCCUGGCCAGAAACCCCAAGAUCCUGCUGUUGGACGAGGCUACCUCUGCUCUGGAUACUCAGAGCGAAUCCAUAGUGCAAGCAGCACUUGAUAAGGCCAGGACCGGUCGUACCACCAUUGUGAUUGCUCACAGACUCUCCACAAUCAGGACAGCAGAUGUUAUUGUGGGCUUUGCGAAGGGUGUUCUUGCUGAGCAGGGGACACAUGAAGAACUCAUGGCACAGAAGGGCAUUUACCAUGACCUUGUAAUGCAACAGUGUUACAGUGGAGACGAUCUAGAUGACAAUUCAAAUUCAGAUUUUGAGGAGGAGGAGGUUGAAAACUCUGAGAAAGACGACCAAGACAAUCCGGAGACAAAUGACUUGGAAAAUCCUGUUGCUGGCACAGAACUAGUUAAUAGGAGAAGGACCAACACAUACAGCAUCCGUCAUGUUACUAUGAAACAUUGCUCUGAAAGGAAGAAGAGGAAGGACUGGACAAAGAAAGAGAAGAAGGAUAAAGUGGAAGAGAAACUCCCUGAGGUGCCUUAUUCCAGAAUUCUGGCUCUGAAUAAGCCUGAAUUCUGCUAUAUUGUGGUUGGAGUCAUUGCUGCUGCCAUUGGAGGCUGUGUUAGUUCUGCAUUUGCCUUUCUUGUUGGUAAAAUCAUUGGGGUUUUUGAAGAACAAGAUGUUGUAAAGAAAAGCCAAAAUGCAACGAUGUUUUCUCUAUUUUUUCUUCUGCUGGGAGCAAUCAGCUUAAUAACAUAUAUAGUCCAGGGUUUCACAUUUGCAAAGUCUGGGGAUACACUGACUAUGCGAUUGAGAUCACUUUCAUUCAAAGCAUUGCUUCAACAGGAUAUUGGAUGGUUUGAUGACCCUAAGAAUGGCACUGGGAUUCUGUUAACCAGACUUGCAACAGAUGCUUCCCAAGUAAAAGGAGCUACUGGAAGUUGGCUGGCCUUAUUGAUCCUGACUACCUUCGCUGUAGGGUCGGCAGUAGUUGUUGCCCUUGCACAUGGCUGGCAAGUGACGUUGCUCAUCAUGGCCUGUAUGCCUGUCUUCGCUGGGUUGCAGGCCAUUUGUGUCAAAUUCCUGACUGGUUAUGUAGCAAAGGAUCAAAAAGCCCUUCAUGAAGCUGGAAGAAUUUCAACAGAAGCUAUAGAAAAUAUAAGAACUGUAGCUGCAUUGACAAGUGAAGAUACCUUUUUUGAGAAAUAUAAGGCAAGCUUAGAAGUUCCAUACAGAGACUCUCUGAAGAAAGCUCUACUUAUCAGCACUUCUUAUGCCAUAGCUCAAGGUUCUAGCUUUUUUGUACAUGCCAUCAUCUUCCGAUUUGGAGCAUGGGCCGUUUCCCAUUGUUUCAUUACCUCUGAACAACUUUUUAUAGUUUUUGUUUUGAUACUUUUUGCUAGUCUGGAGCUUUCUCGUGCUAACUCCCUUGCACCUGAUUUUGGCAAAUCAAAAAUAGCUGCCCAAAGAAUUUUUCAGCUUUUGGAUCACAAGCCGCUUAUUGACAGCUAUAGCGAAAGGGGUGAAAAAUUGGAAAAAUUUGAAGGGAACAUUGAAUUCAGGGAUGUCCAUUUUGUAUAUCCAGCCAGAGCAGAAGUUCAAGUUUUGCAAGGGCUCAGUAUACAGGUUACCAAAGGGCAGACUCUGGCACUGGUGGGGAGCAGCGGCUGUGGCAAAAGCACCUCCAUCCAGCUUCUGGAGCGGUUCUAUGACCCGCGAUCAGGACAAGUGUUAGCAGAUGGAGUUGACACCAAGUGUCUACACAUCCAGUGGUUCAGAUCCAGGCUGGGCCUUGUGCAACAGGAACCUGUUCUGUUUGACUGCAGCAUUGCAGAGAAUAUCCAGUAUGGAGACAACAGCAGGGUGGUCAGCCAGGAAGAAGUGGAAGCAGCCGCUAAAGCAGCAAAUAUUCACCAAUUUAUAUUCAGUCUCCCAGAGAAAUACAAUACUCGUGUAGGUGAUAAUGGAGUUCAGCUUUCAGGAGGACAGAAACAAAGAAUAGCCAUAGCUCGUGCCCUCGUCCGAAAACCAGAAAUUCUGCUUCUGGAUGAAGCCACAUCAGCUCUUGACACGGAAAGUGAAAAGAUUGUCCAGCAGGCCUUGGAUGAAGCUAGAAAAGGUCGAACCUGCAUUGUUAUUGCUCACAGAUUAUCAACUAUCCAGACUUCAGACAUCAUAGCAGUAAUCUGCAAUGGCAAAGUAAUGGAACACGGAACUCACAACCAGCUGCUGACAUUGAAGGGGUUCUAUUACGCUCUUGUCAAUGCACAAGUAUCCCAUUAA